GCCGCCGCCGCCGCCGUCGCCGCCGCCUGCGGGGCUGGGACCCGAUGCGGUUAGAGCCGCGGAACCUGGAGGAGCCCCAAGCGUUUUUGCUUUGGAACAGCCAUACAUCUAAUUUCUUAAAGUAGUUUUAUAUGUAAAACUUGUAAAGGAUCAGAACAAUGCCUCCACGACCAUCAUCAGGUGAACUGUGGGGCAUCCACUUGAUGCCCCCAAGAAUCCUAGUAGAAUGUUUACUACCAAAUGGAAUGAUAGUGACUUUAGAAUGCCUCCGUGAGGCUACAUUAAUAACUAUAAAGCAUGAACUAUUUAAAGAAGCAAGAAAAUACCCUCUCUAUCAACUUCUUCAAGAUGAAUCUUCUUACAUUUUCGUAAGUGUUACCCAAGAAGCAGAAAGGGAAGAAUUUUUUGAUGAAACAAGACGACUUUGUGACCUUCGGCUUUUUCAACCCUUUUUAAAAGUUAUUGAACCAGUAGGCAACCGUGAAGAAAAGAUCCUCAAUCGAGAAAUUGGUUUUGUUAUCGGUAUGCCAGUGUGUGAAUUUGAUAUGGUUAAAGAUCCAGAAGUACAGGACUUCCGAAGAAAUAUUCUGAAUGUUUGUAAAGAAGCUGUGGAUCUUAGGGAUCUCAAUUCACCUCAUAGUAGAGCAAUGUAUGUGUAUCCUCCAAAUGUGGAAUCUUCACCAGAACUGCCAAAGCACAUAUAUAAUAAAUUAGAUAAAGGACAAAUAAUAGUGGUGAUUUGGGUAAUAGUUUCACCAAAUAAUGACAAGCAGAAGUAUACUCUAAAAAUCAACCAUGACUGUGUGCCAGAACAAGUAAUUGCUGAGGCAAUCAGGAAAAAAACUCGAAGUAUGUUGCUAUCCUCUGAACAACUAAAACUCUGUGUUUUAGAAUAUCAGGGCAAAUAUAUUUUAAAAGUGUGUGGAUGUGAUGAAUACUUUCUAGAAAAAUAUCCUCUGAGUCAGUAUAAGUACAUAAGAAGCUGUAUAAUGCUUGGGAGGAUGCCCAAUUUGAUGCUGAUGGCUAAAGAAAGCCUGUACUCUCAACUGCCAAUGGACUGUUUUACAAUGCCAUCUUAUUCUAGACGCAUCUCCACAGCUACACCAUAUAUGAAUGGAGAAACAUCUACCAAAUCCCUUUGGGUUAUAAAUAGCGCACUCAGAAUAAAAAUUCUUUGUGCAACCUAUGUAAAUGUAAAUAUUCGAGACAUUGAUAAGAUUUAUGUUAGAACAGGUAUCUACCAUGGAGGAGAACCCUUAUGUGACAAUGUGAACACUCAGAGAGUUCCUUGUUCCAAUCCCAGGUGGAAUGAAUGGCUGAAUUAUGAUAUAUACAUUCCUGAUCUUCCUCGUGCUGCUCGACUUUGCCUUUCCAUUUGCUCUGUUAAAGGCCGAAAGGGUGCUAAAGAGGAACACUGUCCAUUGGCCUGGGGAAAUAUAAACUUGUUUGAUUAUACUGACACCCUAGUAUCAGGAAAAAUGGCUUUGAAUCUUUGGCCAGUACCUCAUGGAUUAGAGGAUCUGCUGAACCCUAUUGGUGUUACUGGGUCAAAUCCAAAUAAAGAAACUCCAUGCUUAGAGUUGGAGUUUGAUUGGUUCAGCAGUGUGGUAAAGUUUCCAGAUAUGUCAGUGAUUGAAGAACAUGCCAAUUGGUCUGUAUCCCGAGAAGCAGGAUUUAGUUAUUCCCAUGCAGGACUGAGUAACAGACUAGCUAGAGACAAUGAAUUAAGAGAAAAUGACAAAGAACAACUCCGAGCAAUUUGUACACGAGAUCCUCUAUCUGAAAUCACUGAGCAAGAGAAAGAUUUUCUAUGGAGCCACAGACACUAUUGCGUAACUAUACCUGAAAUUCUACCCAAAUUGCUUCUGUCUGUUAAAUGGAAUUCUAGAGAUGAAGUAGCCCAGAUGUACUGCUUAGUAAAAGAUUGGCCUCCAAUCAAGCCUGAACAGGCAAUGGAGCUUCUGGAUUGUAAUUACCCAGAUCCUAUGGUUCGAGGUUUUGCUGUUCGAUGCUUAGAAAAAUAUUUAACAGACGACAAACUUUCUCAGUACCUGAUUCAGCUAGUACAGGUCCUGAAAUAUGAGCAAUAUUUGGAUAACCUGCUUGUGAGAUUUUUACUCAAGAAAGCAUUGACAAAUCAAAGGAUUGGGCACUUUUUCUUUUGGCACUUAAAAUCUGAGAUGCACAAUAAAACAGUUAGUCAGAGGUUUGGCCUGCUUUUAGAGUCCUACUGUCGUGCCUGUGGGAUGUAUUUGAAGCACCUGAAUAGGCAAGUUGAGGCUAUGGAAAAGCUCAUUAACUUAACUGACAUUCUCAAACAAGAAAAAAAGGAUGAAACACAAAAGGUACAGAUGAAGUUUUUAGUUGAGCAAAUGAGGCAACCAGAUUUCAUGGAUGCUCUACAAGGCUUUCUGUCUCCUUUAAACCCUGCUCAUCAACUAGGAAAUCUCCGGCUUGAGGAGUGUCGAAUUAUGUCCUCUGCAAAAAGGCCACUGUGGUUGAAUUGGGAGAACCCAGACAUCAUGUCGGAGUUACUGUUUCAGAACAAUGAGAUCAUCUUUAAAAAUGGAGAUGAUUUACGGCAAGAUAUGCUAACACUUCAAAUUAUUCGCAUUAUGGAAAACAUCUGGCAAAAUCAAGGUCUUGAUCUUCGAAUGUUACCUUAUGGUUGUCUGUCAAUUGGUGACUGUGUAGGACUUAUUGAGGUGGUAAGAAAUUCUCACACUAUCAUGCAAAUUCAGUGCAAAGGUGGCCUGAAAGGCGCACUGCAGUUCAACAGCCACACACUACAUCAGUGGCUCAAAGAUAAGAACAAAGGAGAAAUAUAUGAUGCAGCCAUAGACCUGUUUACACGUUCAUGUGCUGGAUAUUGUGUGGCUACCUUCAUUUUGGGAAUUGGAGAUCGGCACAAUAGUAACAUCAUGGUGAAAGAUGAUGGACAACUGUUUCAUAUAGAUUUUGGACACUUUUUGGAUCACAAGAAGAAAAAAUUUGGUUAUAAACGAGAACGUGUACCCUUCGUUUUGACACAAGAUUUCUUAAUUGUGAUUAGUAAAGGAGCUCAAGAAUGUACAAAGACCAGAGAAUUUGAGAGGUUUCAGGAGAUGUGUUACAAGGCUUAUCUAGCUAUUCGACAGCAUGCCAAUCUCUUCAUUAAUCUUUUCUCAAUGAUGCUUGGCUCUGGAAUGCCAGAACUACAGUCUUUUGAUGACAUUGCAUAUAUUCGAAAGACCCUAGCCUUAGAUAAAACUGAGCAAGAGGCUUUGGAAUAUUUCAUGAAACAAAUGAAUGAUGCACACCAUGGUGGCUGGACAACAAAAAUGGAUUGGAUCUUCCACACAAUUAAGCAGCAUGCAUUGAACUGAAAGGAUAACUAAGAAACUGAAAGCCUAAUAUCUGGAUUCUACACUGCACUGUUAAUAACUAUCAGCAGGCAAAGACUGAUUGCAUAGGAAUUGCACAAUCCAUGAACAGCAUUAGAAUUUACAGCAAGAACAGAAAUAAAAUAGUAUAUAAUUUAAAUAAUGUAAUGCAAACAGGGUUUGAUAGCACUAAACUAGUUCGUUUCAAAAUUAAGCUUUAGAAUAAUGCGCAAUUUCAUGUUAUGCCUUAAGUCCAAAAAAAAAAAAGGUAAACUUUGAAGAUUGUUUGUAUCUUUUUUUAAAAAACAAAACAAAACUCCCCAAAAUAUAUAGCAAUGAUGGAGAAAGAAAAAGAAUGAUGUUCCACUUGUCUUGCAAAUGUUCUGUUUUGAAAUGUGGAUACAACAAAGGCUGUUAUUGCAUUAGGGCUAAGUAAACUAGAGCUUAUGUUAAAUUAUGUAAGAUUGGAAAAGAAAAAAUUUCUUUUUUUUCCCCAUUGCUGAUCAAUUUGCAAUUUGAAAUGGAUUUUUUGACUCCUUGUUUAAUGAAGAAAAAAUGCUUUGGGUGGAAGGGACUCUUGCGAUUUCAUCAGAGACUUUUUCUUUUUAAUAAAUCAAACCUUUUGAUGAUUUGGGGUCUUAUCUGCACAGUUUUGGAAGCAGUCACAAAUGAGACCUGUUAUAAGGUAGUGUUUUUGUUGUUGUUGUUGUUUUUUCUUUUUCUUUUUUCUUUUUUUUUUUUUUUUGUCUUGUUUUUUUGUUUUUUCAUUGUUUUUUUCUGAACAGUAUUUACAAGGAUCUGACUCUUAUUUCCUAAGGAAAUUCUGGACUCCCACAAAGUAAAAUAAUCAUCAUAGAAAAAGAAUGAGCAAGAAUAGUAUUUGUUCCAGAAUUGUACAGUGUUCACCUUAAGUUGAUUUUUUCUCCUCCUUUUGCAAUUGAACUGAAUACAUUUUUCAUGCAUGUUUUCCAGAAAAUAGAAGUAUUAAUGUUAUUAAAAAGAUUAUUUUUUUUAUUAAAGGCUAUUUAUAUUAUAGAAACUAUCAUUAAUAUAUAUUCUUUAUUUACAUAAUCUGUCCCAUAGUCAUGCAUUGUUUUGCACCCCAAAUUUUUAUUGUUAGUAACAGCAUGGUUAGCUUUUCUCUUGGUCUGUAGAUGAGGCUCAGGCACUCUCUCAUUAAUACUAAUUCCCAAUGUAUAACUACUUAAAGAAAACAGAUUGAACUUCACCCUUUUUCCCUUUUAUUUCUUUCUGUUUUCACAUGAAUCCCUCAUCUUCCACCCUUUUAUAGUUAAGAGUGRUUCAAUCAUAUGAAAUAGGUUACCAGAAUUAACACAAUUUAGGCUAUCGUCCUGAUUACAUAAACCCCUCUACUGAGGUAUGCUCAUGAAUAAUACUUUAGAAUAUGAAAGAAUAGAAACCAUGAACUCUUUUACCUUUUUAAGCUGUUUAUCCAUAUUUCAAUGAUAAACUAUUUAAACUAUUUUUAAGAUCGUUUCCCAGUGAUCAGGUCUCACUUUAACCUCAUUAAAUCUCAUUUGAGCACAGGACACAUUCUAAAACUUUUUUUUUUUUAAACAAUCACCCAAGAUGUAGGAACUAAUGCUAGUCAUCACUCUAGAAUCUGAUUUUUACUCAGUAUUUGAAAUGAAUGAUUAAUGUCCUAGGAGAUAGCUUUAGCAAAUGUCCAGGUGCCACACCAAAAAAAAAAAAAAAUAGUGCAAUAAUUUACUGACAGUUUUCUAGAUUAGGCAUAUUAUUGGAGGACAACUUUAUAAAGAGUGCACAUUAUAUACUCUAGUAAAACAGCAUCACUCUAAAAAUAUUCGUCUACGAAAUCAGAUACUUAUAGUAGAAGUCUUGAAUAGUGAACAAGGGACUCUAAUACAAAUAUUCUUAGUAUCUGGCUGUUUUAGAACCCUUAAAGGGCAUAAUUAUUGAAGAUUUAGGUACUUCAUUAAAGCAUGUAUAUAAUAUUGCCAAGAAGAAAAAUAAAUUUCAAAAUUAGAAUUUAUUUCUAUAAAYUGUCUUGGAAUAGUUAAGCAGAAUUUAAACUCUGUUUUAAGCAGGAAACCAGAUAUAUUCUUUUGCAGAUACAAAAUAUUUCAUAACUUAUUUAAACUUCACAAUUACAUUUUGUGUUAUUUAGCUUAUAUGCAGUUGAUAAAUACUAACAUCCCAUCCUUUUCUAUAUCAGGGAUUGAUUAUAGGAAAACUCAGUGAAAUGGUACAAAUCUGAAAAUUUGAUGGUGGAAACUGAAGAAUUAACAGAGAACUGUGUUUUACCCAAGUGCCAAAAAAGCCUUGAGCCUCCUUGCACAAAAUUUAUGAUUUCUCCCUUUUUUCACAGUAGUUCCUAUCAUUACGCCUCUUUCCCCCAGAACCUCUCCAUCAUAAAAACACAAGCCCACAUAGCUUACUUCAUCAUUUACAUUUAUUUUCAAAAGUUACUACAACCAAAUUAAUUCUGUUUGGAGAAGUAUAGACAAAUUCUGUAAAGAAUAUAGAUUAAGUGAUCUAACUAAAAAGAAAGGAGGACAGGAAGUGUUCAGAAAGGCAAGACCAAAAAUCAAAAGCUGCAUGGGGUGACGAGAUCUAUUUCCAGGUACUUCAAUAUCAGAGAGCAGUUGUCAUAGAUUGGUCAGAUCCUAGAGCUGACCAUCCUUGUCACUGAAUGUGAUGUAACUGACUAUUGGCUCUACAGUUUCCUUAAGUCACUUGAUAAGUACUCCUUCGAUAAUUAUGUUGGAGGGGAACAAAGCUCCUCUAAAGAAAAAAUAAAUAAACCUAACUUUAAAUACAUUGUAGCAAGAAAUAAUCAAUUGUUUGAAAAUCAUGCUUUAACUUUUUACCAUAUUCUCAGCUAUACAAAAACUUUUUUUUAGGAUUUUUAGACUGCUGUUAAUUUAAAUCUGUUAAUCUUAUUGUGGGAUUUGGUUUUUUAAAAAAGAUGUUUCUAAUUGGAUUUUUUAAAAGAAGAGUGUAAUUUGGUUGCUAUUUUAUGAUAGAACCUAAGCUUUUUGUGGUUCUUAGUGUCCUCUGUAAAACUUAGUGUCAAAGUAAUCAACUUCAAGUUUUUUCCCUUCUAUUCUGCUUUAUAUUACAAGCCCAUUAGGAAAUGGGAACCUGGUGAAUAUAUAAUGAAUUGUAAAAUAUUUUAAUGUGUAACUUUUUCAACUGUGAAACUAUGACUAUUGGUUUUUUGAUGAAAACAGCUGCUGAUAAAAUAUUUUGUGUUAAGUGUAGUUCUUAUUAAUCAGGAAAAUGAUGGCUUGAUUAGACUGUGUAUACCCUCUUGGAGUUUAUUUUAAAUGAAUUGGUAAUUUUCAUAUAGGUAAAACACAGUCCAUCUGUGUUCUUUUUCCAUCAAAAUUGAGUGGUUUAGCAUUAUAAGAAAAACUGUGAGCAGCCUAUUUUAAAGGCACUAUGGAAAUGUCACAGCACAUGAACUUGGAUUUGUUCUUUACAUAAUGAUUUUGUAAAUCCGUUUAACUCAUAUUUGGAUCAAUAGGCCAUGCUUGCCAACUCUCUGAAGAAAUUUAAUAUCCAGCAGUAUGUUAAAGUUAGGAUGUGAACUUAUCUGAGUAUCAUAAAUUCUUGUUUCUCUGUCUGCACAAGCUACAGAUCUGGGCUGGACCCACACACUCAGAGUCCACCUUAAAAAACUAUUUUGAUGUCAAAGACAUCACUAAACUAUUCAGUUUAAAGGCAAUAUGUGGUGUUAAAAGAUUGUGGUGCUUCUCCUAUUUAUUUAAAGACAACUUUCAUACUUCAGAUGUUUUUGAGAAGAGGGAGGGGGCAGAACAAGGAGGAGAUAUUUAAAUGAAUUACAUUCUUUAUAUAUCUAUCCUGUCUGGAGGGGGCAUAUCUAACAGAAGGCUGAAAGUUGUGAGAAUAUAUGUGCAAACCAUCAGGGAAUCAACUCUUCAUUGAGGAUGGGAUUGUGAAGGCCGAAUUAUAAAAUUCAGCACUGACAAUGUCCUCAGAUAAUAAUUCUUGGUGACAAAAUAACAACAGCUGGGCUGUUUUUUAAAGUAAAACACAAAAUCAUUCUAAUUAUUACAUUAAAAAUUGUAAAUAUAUCUUAUGUGCCAUGGCCUGGGAAGCCUGUUUUCUUUUCUUGUAAAAAAUUAUUU